CACAAUUAGUGAUGGCAGGAGAGGUCAGGAGUUGGGCGGAUGACACCGCGAAAGAGCUCACUGCCAGGCGGCGUUCACCGUACAAGUGAGCCACCGGUUGAUGGAGGAGAGGUGCGUGUUUUUCCGUCCUCAACAUUACUCCAACACAUGACAACGACAAGGACUGAGUUGGCGGCGCAGAUUAAUGAUUACGUAAAGCAUCGGACUACAGUAGCAUGCAGCCGCGGGCUCUCAUAUGAGCUGGAAACUAAUCCUCUAAUGUAGUCAUAGUACAAUUGUAGGCGAAUGUAUCUCGUUGGAGACUCCUUAAAUAGACAUUAUAACAGGCAAAGGCGAGUUUGUAGGUAUGUUCCACCGAGGGAUUCGAGCCCUCGAUGUGUGACGUCAGGCAAAGCAACUACUUUUGUCCCGGGCAACAGCUGGCCGCUUCUACAACAAGAAUCCAUGAUGUCCAUCGCACUACUUGAAACCAAGUCAUGUUGGAAUUGUGUAAUUGGGAGCCAUGGUGCCAAUUGCAACCCUUAUAUAUUAUUAGAAACAAAGUCUUAGCCUCAAGCACCAUCUGAUCUGUGAUGGACAUCCACACAUUUUUAAAAAGGGAUAUGGUUUUAUUGCCCUUAAGAGUAUUCUCUCAAAUGCCAUAUUUUGCCACAUAAAAUGCCUUUAAAUAUUAGAGCUAAGCCGGCACAGAACAAGCUAUCUGCUGCCUCAAAGAGCAGCGGGCACACAGAUGGCAAUGCAUCUCAUUCACAGUAUUCAAGGUCCCCAAAACAGGGAAAAGGUAAAAAAAAAAUGGUCAGCUCUACCCCAGCAAAGGUCAGCUCUACCCCGGGAUGCCGCUCAGGGCUAGAACCUGGCUCAGUGUCGGGGGGACUCUCUGCACCAGUAUCAAAAAUACCUGGGGCUCAAGGAUCGGUGUCAGGGGCCAGUCCAAAUAAGUUAGUUGUAGCAACAGAUAAAAGAAAGACCCCUGGUUUAGCAGCCUCGCCGAGGGGUAAAACCAUGUCAAUGGAAAACAUACAGUCUUUAAAUGCUGCUUAUGGCACUUCAGGCGCAAUGUACCCCAGUGAACGAAAGACUUUGGAAACCGCUGGCAGUUACCCUGUCGGCACCAUGACUGUGGGCAGGAGCAUCAGCCACUCUUCCUACAGAGGCCAAGCAACUUGUAUGGGCAGCAGUCCAACUAUUAACUCAACAGAGGCAAAUCACCUGUGUAACCACUAUGGAGACCAAACCUUUAGACCCGCAGGGACAUACAGUCUACAGCGGCAACUGUCUGGGACACAUGCACUGACACAGGAUACAGUUGGUCAUGGAGAGGCCCCUUUUGAUCUCCAAGUUCAGCUAAAGGAGCUGCAGAGGGAAAAUAACAACUUAAGAAGAGAACUGGAUGGCGGAAAGGACGGAAGGAUAGGCCAAAGUAUUAACAAUGUCAAUUUCUGGAGUCCGGAUGUCAAGAGAGACAAAGGCGUUAGACGGGAACAGGGAGCAAGAACCUCUGCCCUGAAGGACCACUAUAGGAUGGAUCAAAAUGUUAUUCAGCUUCCUUUAACAGUUCAAGACCUCCAGGAUGAGCUAAGGGCCCACAGGGAGAUGAACAGCCGCUUACAGCAACAGCAUCAGCAAGGGACGUCCGGCUCGUGUCGAGAACUUCGCAUGGACCAGGACCACAGAGGGGGACUUAGCCCUGGUCACACCCCCAAGCGAAGCCCCAGCAAUCUCCACAGUCCGGGUCCAAAGAACAGCCCAAGAGCGAGUCCAUCCAACACAUACAAUCCAAGGCAGAAAGAAGCUGACAUCAUCAUUCACAGCUCUGGGUAUGGCUCGAACAGCCCGAUAGCCACACAAAGAGCCAGCCCAGCUAACACCCUUAAGCCUGGGCCAAUGCACAGCCCAAAUCAAGUGGCAGUACCCGGCCCAAGUAUGGUUCCACACUGCAGCACUUGCCAGGUGCCAGGGUGUGAUGGAUUAUCUUCAUCCCCACAGGAUCCAUCACAAGAGAAUUUCCACUACCUGCAGUCAGAGCACGAGCGGCAAGCCAAUGAGCUUUUUCUGCUAAAGAAAACCAUGGAAGAGAUGGAGAUGAGAAUUGACUCUCAGAAGCAAACGCUGGGUGCUCGAGACGAGAACAUCCAGAGUCUCCUGGAGAUGCUUCAGAGUCAGGGCCAAGUUCAGAGACAGCGGGGUCGGGGACAGAGAACAAGCAUCUUAGCUAUGGCAGCACAGGAGGCUGAAGCCCAGCUGGAAAACAUGCAUGUGAGAGAGAAUACCACACCUCAUUUCUGUUUUGAUCCUGAUAUUGUAUGGCAGGACACCAAGAUCUCUUCAUUGGAGCGGAAUAUCAGAGACUUAGAAGAUGAAGUCCAGAUGUUAAAGACCAGCAGCCUGCUCCAUCCUGAUGACAGGCAGGAUGAGCUCAAGCAGGUGGAGGUCUACAAGAGCCAUUCUAAAUUCACAAAGUCCAAGAUAGAGCAGCUGAAGCUAGAGCUCAACAAGAAGGAGUCCGAGAUGCAAGCCCUGCAGACCAAAUUGGAAACACUAACCAAUCAGAAUUCAGACUGCAAGCAACACAUUGAGGUGCUAAAGGAGUCACUCAAUGCUAAGGAGCAACGUGCAAAUACACUGCAGACAGAGGUAGAUGCCCUCAGAGUGCGUUUAGAGGAAAAAGAGCAGUUCCUGACGAAAAAGAACAAGCAGCUUCAGGACCUGACUGAUGAAAAAAGCACCCUAACGGGAGAAAUCAGAGACAUGAAAAAUAUGUUGGAUGUCAAGGAGAGGAAGGUCUAUGUCCUUCAGAAAAAGAUUGAGAACCUGUUGGAACAGUUAAAGGACAAGGACAAACAGCUUACUGGUUUGAGAGAUCGAGUCCAUGGCUUUCAAACUGACUCCAGCAACACGGACACAGCACUUGCCACAUUAGAGGAGGCCCUAUCUGAGAAGGAGCGAGUGAUUGAGAACCUUCGAGAACAGAAGGAGCGGGUGGACAGGGUUCAGCUGGAGGAGCUAGAGCGAAUGAGGAAGGAGAACCAGGAAUUAAAGGACAAGCUCUCAGCCAUUCAAACUCAAAAACUGUUCCCCAGCCAUCCUGCAAACCCCAGCCCAAACCAAGGCCUCAGGCCCGAUGUAGAGGUUCCGGCCAAAAUCGAUGUACUUCCAGCCAUAAGCGCCAGCUCCACAGCCCAUGACACAGAGGACACAUUGUGGAAAUGUCCAGACAUUACAGAUCGCCUGAGGCUUCUAGAACAGGAAGUGGCUCGCUACAGAGAGGAAUCUGGGAAGUCGCAAGCCGAGGUGGAAAGGCUGAUGGGGGCACUGAGAGACGCUGAGGUGGACCGAUCUUGUAAAGGGAAGAUCAUUAAUGAUCUUGAGAGGCAAAUCAAGGCUCCUCAUAUCCAAAAACAAACGGUGCCCGGAGAACUAAGGAAAGAUGCCCAGACAGAUGGACAUCCACACUCUUUAUCGCAGCUGGAGGAGCUAAUGCGGGCCCUGGAGAAGACACGACAGGAGCUGGAUAGCUACAAGUUGCGUUUAUCCUCCACUCAGCAGACCCUGCAUGAACGAGAUGGACAUCUCACCAGCCUGCGACAGGAACGACGGAAACAGCUGGAGGAGAUUCUGGAGAUGAAGCAGCAGGCUUUGUUGGCAGCCAUCAGUGAGAAGGAUGCUAACAUAGCCCUCCUGGAGCUGUCUUCCUCCAAGCGAAAGAAAGCCCAGGAAGAAGUGAUGGCUCUAAAGCGAGAGAAAGACCGCCUUAUGCACCAACUCAAACAGCAGACUCAGAGCAGAAUGAAAAUGAUGGCUGAUAAUUAUGAGGAAGAUCGCAUCCACCCGCAACAUUAUCCGCACCAUCCUCUCCGCUUGCACGCCACAAAUGUUCAUCACCAAAGCCUGCCAAGAGGGCCCCCUCAUGCCAACCACAGACCCCCUAUGGACCAGGAUGAUGAGGAGGGGAUAUGGGCAUGAUCUGACAUCACCGUGGGAACCUUCUGUACAAACUGCUUGGACAGCCAGGUAUCAAGAGGUCCAGGAGCUUCAACUACACAUUCGGACCUCCCCUCCUUUUUCCCCACUCCUCACUAUUACUGCCAGACGUACGCACAUUUCAGGACCCACCACUUCACGCACUUCUGAUGAGCUCUGAAUGUUCUUCUUUGCUGACAAAUGCCAUGACCCUAACGUGGGCGUGCGUCAGUCGUCAGCGUUGGGCUUCGUUUAAUGUGGUCGACUGCCUUCAUGUCUCUCACCGUUUGAGAGGAGAGGGGGGGGGACUGUGGGCGGGAUUCAUUUCUCAGUUUUUGAGUUCCGGCGCUCUUGACUACUAAGUAGCCCAGCCAGAGCCAGUGUAAUACUCCAUAAAAGUCUGCUACACCUGUACUUGUUUAUGACAGCAGUAACGUGUUUAUAUGUGGAGCUAAAUAUCGGAAUUUGUAAAUACCGCAGCAUGGACUUCACGCCCUCAAAUCCACCGAGAUCUUCUCAAUGUACCGUGCCAAAGGAGACAUCCUGUUUGCCGAAGCACACUUCAAAUAUUGGACUGGAUUUGAAUCUUGUGUCAUCCAAAAGACUCAAAACAAUAAACAUAAAAACUGUCAUAUGUUUCUCUUUUAUCUUGUUUCUUUAACCUGUUGUGCAUUUGUUUGAAGAAACAGUAUCAUGUUCCUGUUGUUUUUUGUUUUGUUUUCUUUACAUUCGUUCCACAUUCAAGUGCCACUCUUACUGUUUUAAAGGUUUAUUAUGUAAAUCUGAGUGCAACAUAUUUGUAAAGAAGUGACUUGCAAGGUGACAUGUAAAAUACUUCAGACUUCACAAUGAACACUUGGACUCGAGCCUUAUUACCUGAAAUUACACAAUCUACUAUGGAGCCAAAACACUGCCAGGAAGAUAAGGUAUUAAAACACAAAAUGACAUUGUAGAAAAAAUUGUAUAGGCACCGAAAUGAAAUAUAAAGAUUGCCAUUGCAAUGUCAUGAUACAAAAAAAUAUCAACCCAAAAAUGUUAUUUUUCAAUUUGUUGCCAAAACGUGUUUUGGUGCCAAUUAUACUUUUUCUACAAUGUCUUCUUUUUUUUCGAUACCAAAUCUUCCUGGCAGUGUUGUGGCUCUAUAAUCUACUCACUAAAGCAUAACAUGUCAAUAUAUUGCUGCCAGACAGCAGGAACAUCUGACACCCGUUAGAAUUGGAUCUAAAAUGUAAAUUUCCAUUACUGGACUCAACACACUCCUUGAGGUGACGACAAUAUAGUAUGAUGUGCUGUGUUUUCAUUAAACUCAGUUUUUUUGUUUUGUUCCAUUUGAUCCCAAUAUCCAUUUUUACAGCUCGUAUGUGUUUUGGGGGGCUUCGUGUUACCUCUACCAUGACUGUGAAUGUUUGUGGGGGUCACGGUAUUCACCCUGGACUUCCACAGUCCCUCAGUGUUUUGCAGUGGUCAGCAUGUUUUCUGUUAUUUGAAUAAACCUCGUCUUCGCAGGAACUCGGAGGUGUGCUUUGAUUGAAACAUUGUCAAUAACAUUAACUUUCACAAGGUUAGUGGUCAAACGGAGUGCAACAUUGACUAUUUUCACAAGAUUAAAGUUUCACCGCCACUAAUGGCAACUACAACAAUAGACGCUUGAAGUUACCAAGACAAGAGUUUUUCGCAGUUUUCAUGGUCUACCAAUUCUCUCUCGCUCUCAUAAACUCAGCCAGAUGUUGCCCGGGUGUUCUUCCUCAGGGAAUAUGGGGGUGGGGGUAGAUG